AUGAGCGCAAACGCCCAGCAGAAUUGGGGGCAGCGUUCCCCCCCCCUUUCCGUCUCUGACUUCAAUCCUCCUCUUCACUGUCUCGGCUUUUGCCCGGUCUUGGCAGGAUUACCAUCGGAAACCGGAAGUGACGGCAUGCCUUGAACUCUUUGGGGGGGGUCUCUCCUUCUCCGCUGAGCAUCUCUGCUUCCAAACCCUGUGAGGAGCGUUCCGUUAGCCACGCCCCUUUCCCUCACUCCCGAGGUAGGGCCCGCGCGGGCGUUCCGGCUGCUAUGGGAACAGAGUGGCUUAGGCCCUGGCGGGCUCUAGCGCCGCGGCCCUCCCUGUGAACAGUAGCCCCCCCCUCAUCCUAGGAGCUGCCUUUCCUCUCUGCCGGGUGGGCGAGAGAGGGGGCGCCCCCUGAUGCCGCCGCCGCGCAAGGGAUUUGUCUGCGAGCUGGAGCUGCACAUCCGCACGGUAACAUGUCCAGGUGUUACACUGAAAGCCAGAGAUGACCUCUACAUCGGUGCCUGCAUUUUUGGACAAUAUAAGAAGACUUCACGUGUCCGUGCAGUAUUUCCCCUUAUAUUUAAUCAGAAACUAAUAUUUGAAAAGGUGUAUACAGAUGUAAUUGACCCUGGAGAUCUGGUUGAACUUUUUGAACUUGACACAGCAACGCUUGAAUUAAUACAAACUGCUCCUCCAGUGGGAGAAAUUGUAGCUGCAUAUGAAGAAAAUACAAGGGACUUCCUUUUUCCUUCUCCUAAGUGUAACAGUGGACAGCGAGAGUCAGUUCGAGAGGUUUUAAUGAAGAAGACCUACGGUUUUACAGGAAUUGCACCAAAAUUGAAGUUUUACACAACUUGUCUUAUUUCUGAAAGCCUGUUAAGUUCAGAAGAAGCUCAAAAGAAGGAUAACUUAGAUCAGCAGCGUUAUUCAUCUGCAGGUGGAUCACUACGGACAAGGUCACCAAAAAAGAAAAUACUCUCACCCGAGAGAGACAGGAAUUAUGUACCAACAAAGAGCUAUGAGCAGCCCACAAUAGCCUCUCUUUCUCGUUCUCCAUCUCCUUACACAAAAAGACGAAUGUGCGAGCUUCUGCAAGUCAGACAACGCCUUGCUCACUUAGACCUAGGUCCUUUUGAUUUCAGAAAAGAAACCGAUAGGCCUCCAUUUGUAAUUCGACAUGUAGAGCAGUUGGCUCCUUCACCUGAAGUUCAUACUUGGUGUCGUUCUCGAGAGAAUAUCAAAGAUGACACAACCUAUGAUCCUUCUCUUCUGGGUAGUUACAGGCCCAAGAAUGCUAAAAUUAUCAGGUCACCUCACGAGAAAGAUGCAUUAGCUGACAGUGAUGAUGAGCACUUGAUCUCAAGUACAGCUGGUAGGAAACUUCAUUCAGCUCGACUACUAAUACAUUCAGCACCUGCGUCAUUGCAGAAGUAUUCUUCAACUCCUGUUUUACAUCGCUCAUCUCUUAGAGAAAGGUUUCAUUCUCAUUGGACUACACCAGUAAAUGGAGAAGAGAUCCAUAAACGAGUGAAAAAUAUUUUAAGGACACACAAUGCAAGGCAAAGGCUAAUGUUUGAUGAGAGUUAUUUAUCAAAAGAAGAAUUUUCUAAGACAAUAGACUCCAGUAAGACAGGAUAUUCCAGUAAGAAAAGAGACAUUUCAUCUAUGGAUGCAUCAAACAGCAGUGAGCUUCAGAACAGUUCAUCGCUACAGCAGAACAUCAUGGUUCAUCUGGAUGAUGAUGAUUAUUGGAACAGUCAAGCUGCUCAGUAUAAAAAUAAACCACACAGAGCAAUUUUUGAAGAGAGUUUGGAGAAAAUCUAUCGAAACAUGUACAAGAAAGCUUCUGGCUCAGCUUCAAAAAAUAAAUAAAGUUGUCAUGUAGGUGAAAAUGAACAAUAUACGAAAUCAGUAUUUUUAAUGAAAAUGUUGUUUGUCUAACUAAUAUUUGUACUUUCUUUUUUUUACUUGACAUAUUUUUGAAAUUCUGAGGCUGGGACUCCCAACAGGGAAAUAAAUAAAAUCUGGAGGAUUUCAACUA